UUACUGAAUAGGGACGAUCAGACGAACAUAUAUACCGGAUCUUUACUCGAACACUAAAGGCAAAGGAUUAAAUACUUUAUAAAUAAUUACCACUGUCUAGAAAACUGUAAUCUAUAGGUUGUAAUGAUACCUGACGUCACAGAAUAAGUAAAUCGUGCGGUUUCAAAGAACUCGCACCCCUCUGACUUCAACAAUAUUCAACAGUUUCAGGGCCGAAAUCUCCACACCUUCAAUCACUCAAGCAGAAGGAGCUGUGAGCUUUCGCUACACACUGAGACGUGAAAACAAUGAUAGCUGGGUGUUUUAUUUUGAAAUAGCUGCUGGAUCUUUGUAGUUAUGUGGUCUUGGCAUCUAAUUGAUUGAUAGAUAGAUAAACAGACGGGUGAAUAGACUCUACGUGGGUGAUCGGACCGGUGUGCUGAACGGGUUCAGUCCGAUCUGUGCAGUUCUAAGAUGAGGAAUGUCAUGCGUACUUCUGGGUCGGCCCAACCUCAACGGGUCUCUUGGCUGCAGCUCUUGUUUUUGCUGCACCAAUGGACCUGUUUACAAGCUCAGCUAUUAAAAACCACUAGAUGGCCGCUGUAUUCCGGCAAGCCUUUGCUGUUAGCCUGGAACGCCCCUACAGAAGACUGCAGACCUCGACAUGAAAUCGUCUUCCAGCUUGACCAAUUCCAGAUAGUGGCGUCGCCAAACGAGGGCUUCACAAAGCAAAAUCUCACCAUCUUCUACCAGAACCGUCUGGGUCUGUACCCGUAUUACGGGCCGGGCAACACUGUGGUCAACGGUGGGCUACCGCAGGCUGCUAGUCUCACUCAACACCUGGAGAAGAUGCCAGAAGGUCUCCAGAAGUACAUCAAAGACCCUACGGCCAAAGGUCUGGCUGUGAUUGACUGGGAAGAGUGGCGGCCACUUUGGAUACGUAACUGGGGCACUAAAGACAUUUAUCGUGAACGUUCAAGACUGUCAGUCUUGAAGAAGAACCCAACCUGGUCUCAAGACCAGGUGGCCAAAGUUGCCCAGCAAGAGUUUGAGCUCUCUGCUCAUAAAUUCAUGUUGGAGACUCUCAGAUUGGCCAAAAGCUUAAGACCCAACCAGCUUUGGGGGUUCUACUUGUUUCCUGACUGUUAUAACCACAAUUACCAAAGUAACCUGAAAAAUUACACAGGACGUUGUCCGGAUGUAGAGGUAACGAGAAAUGACCAGCUAAAGUGGCUUUGGACGGAGAGUACAGCUCUUUUUCCUUCUAUAUACAUGGUAAAAUUGCUGAAGGACAAGCAGUCUGGCCGACAGUUUGUACGGAACCGGGUCAAGGAAGGGAUGAGGUUGGCGUCUGUUGGGGAUGGGCCGGCCAGGCCUGUGUUUGUCUACACACGGCCCACUUAUGCAAGCGCCAUUCCGACCUCUAAUGGUAACCCAUCUGAACUCUCAAUGAUGUCAGAGUUGGAUCUGGUAUCUACUAUUGGUGAGAGCGUGGCGUUGGGUGUAGCUGGUGUUAUUCUCUGGGGUGACUCCACCUAUGCAAGCAGUCUCGUGAGUUGUUCUAGUCUUAAAGAAUACCUGCAAGGGCCGUUGGGUCAAUACCUGCUUAACGUAACGUCCGCUGCCGAGCAGUGCAGUCGGAAUCUCUGCGGAUUUCGCGGACGCUGCCUUCGCAAACAUCCGGACACGGAUACGUUCCUGCACCUCAGUCCAAACACCCACCGCAUAGAGCGCCAAGGCAACACUUCAAAGGUCAUAGGCCAGAUGGGAGUAGAAGAACUUCGCAAGUUAAGAGAGGACUUCCAGUGUCAGUGCUACAACGGGUAUACAGGGGAAAACUGUAGCCAGGGGAAAACUGGGAACAGAGGUAUAGUGUUCUGGAGCACCUGGUUGCAAGUUCUGCUGCUACCACUGGUGUUGAUGGGGUUUCUACACUGAGGAAAGGGGGAGUUUGUUGGAACCACUCUUAAGAAGGAUAUGCCAGACCUUUUCUGAAAAAGAGGUCUUUCCAAGAGGACAACGGCAGGCUGCAAUCUCUCAUUUUCGGAGAAGGGGUGAAACGGAGAAGUGGAAAACACACAAGCUAACUUUGGGGAACUAUCUCUGCAGCUCAGUGGUGGUUUUGUGUGGUUUUGUUCAAAGAGAUCGCCCCCUGCUGCAUGGGAGGCUGAACUGCAGGCAGGCAGAAUUCAGUUUUUGGUACUUAAUGGUUUGUGUAAAUGAAACCUUAUCUGUCUGAGUGCCUUUUUCUUAUAAAGUUUGAUGUGCUGUAUCUACAGGCCUUUUUUGCCUUCCUUUUAUCCACGUAUGACCUUAUUUUUUGCUGUGUCACAUGACUAGCUCUUUAAAAGGGACAAAUUGUGUUACUGUAACGCUGCUGUCUCGUUAAAAUGUCGUUGGGUGAAUCUCACAAAACCUGUCAAGAACGUGUCUGGGUCAUGUGGGCAGGGAGGGCAUUUAUUUUCUGAAAUAGUUUGGGUUCCCUCACAAUAGUUGCCAUACCCUCGCAAUAAGUUUUGCAUUCCCUUGUAAUAAGUUUUGCAUUACCUCUCAAUUAUUUUGGGUUCCCUCACAAUAGUUCCAUUACAUCACAUUAAGUCUUGCGUUCCCUCUCAAUUGUUUUGCAUUCCCACUUAAUAAGUUUUGUGUUCCCUUGCAAUAAGUUUUGCGUUCCCUCUCAAUUAUUUUGUGUUUCCUCGCAGUAGUUUCCGUUAUAUCACAAUAAGUUUUGCAUUCCCUCUCAAUUAUUUUGGGUUCCAUCGCAGCAGUUUCCAUUAUAUCACAAUAAGUUUUGCGUUUCCUCGCAGUAAAGUUUUUGUUCCCUCGCAAUUAUUUUGUGUUUCCUCGCAACAGUUCCAUUCCCUCGCAAUAGUUUCCAAUCCCUUGCAGUAAGUUUUGCGUUCCCUCUAAAUUAUUUUGUGUUUCCUCGCAGUAGUUUCCAUUAUAUCACAAUAAGUUUUGCAUUCCCUUGCAAUAAGUUUUAUUUUCCCUUACAAUUAUUUUGGGUUCCCACACAAUAGUUUGUUACCUCACAAUACUUUUGUGUUCCCUCGCAAAAGUUUCCGUUCCCUCUUAAUAAUUUUUGCGCUCCCUUGCAAUAAGUUUUGCAUUCCCUCGCAAUUAUUUUG